AUGAAGGAUGGCGUUGGUUGGAGGAUGGGUAGUCGCCUCCAGUCUACUGUUCUUCUAGCUCCUUCUCUGCAUUUCAAGGUCACCAUCGCACGCGUAACACUAAACCCGUCUACUCUGGUGCUUACACCCAUGUUCCAGUGGUACAUUCUGUUGUGUCGUGGAGCCCAUCGGACUAUAGGAGUGCCGCAAGGUUACGUCUUGGGACCACUGCUCUUCUCUGGGCACGCACGUAAACAACCGACUCUCUCGAAUGUUCUAAAUGAUGAAUGGAGGAGGAACGAGGAACCACGUGACCGAGUCCGAGGCUCUUGCUGUGUGUCUGUGUCAGUGUCAGUGGGGCCGCGAGUGUCUGUGGCAGCAGUACAGGUGUCUGUGGCUCAGGUACACUCUGUGUCAGGAGUACAGUCUGGUCAAGUGCGGCAUGGACAGCGCCCUACGGCCAUCCAGACCCGUUACAUAGUCACCAUGGGCGGAGUGUGGUGCAAGUCGGACAAAGGACAACAACGAUCCUACACCACCCGAGGGCAUUUCAACUCUACAAUAUCUCGCUGGACCGAUCAUGUCCGGCAAGUGUAUCGAAAACCGAAGACACAUCAUCGACCUGCAAGGCCUCCCCAGAAACCGAUGCGAACAAAUGGCCGUCUGACGAUUAGUCACCCUCAGCUGAGGAAGGAAGAGUCCUCAGACGGCUGGAGGACGGCGACGCUGAUGGUACCGGAUGCUGCUCCUGUCCCUCCACCCAGGAAAAAGAGGAAGCGCAACCAGGAUCUCACGAGGGCAGCCUUUUCCAUGGACGACCUAAAUCGGCCAGACUCUCUGAACAACUCCACCAUCUCCUUGCCGGACAAGUAUCAUCACGCCGACGGCGUUCUGGAGUCCAGAAACUCUUCGUCCACCAUAAUAGUUACUCCGAUCCUCGAAACGAGGCAUCACCAUACCGCAGACGACGAGGACACUAAGGAAUACGACAAAGAGAAUAUCAUGACGAAUUCGGAACACAAAAUCGAAGAGGAGGACGAAGAUUACAAGGACUGUGUUUACGACACCGACGAAAUAGUGCCUGUAGAAAAAGAGACAAUGUUCAGUACAAAAACCCUGCUACAAUCGAAUCUGGGGUACAUCGAUAAAUUGUCGGCUAUAUCGGAGGUGUCUGCGGAGAGUGGUUUCGAUGACAGGACGGACAUUGCCAAGUCGAGCGAGAGAUCGGAGAGUGUAACGAGCGGGGAGAGUGCGCACAGAGAGCCGGGGUUGAACAUUCUCGCCCACAUUCAGGACAUCAACAACGUGUCUCAACUCAACGAGAUCAAUAAGGAGAUCAAGGAAAAAAACGGCCAUGAGCAAACAAGAGUGGUUGCAGAAUAUCCUGAAGGAGGAGAACGAGCCGUAUUUCAUAUCGAGAGACACGGCGGUGGAGACGAGAAGGGGGUCGGACAGCAUAACACUGGGCGAGAAAUCGGGGGACGUUUCCGGACAGCCGAACUCAUUGCCUACUGACCAUUUGCAUCUCAUGAAUCGAGAAAGGGAAACAUCUGUGUCCGAUAACAGUGCGAAUAAAA